GCCGAUCAACCAAAAAUGGAGGAGAGCAAGCAAGAGCCCAAACUAGCUGGAGACGAAGCAAUCGCAGCCCAAGUUCAGCUAUGGAAGCACAUACGUGGAUUCAUCGAUUCGGCUGCACUUCGAUGCAUGAUCCAACUGGGCCUUCCUGACUUGAUCCAUGAUCAAGGUGGGCCCACAACCUUCGAUCAGAUAGCAAUCGCACUUCCGAUCCUUACUCUAAACAAAGAUUGCUUGUACCGGAUUCUCCGGUACUUGGUCCACAUGAACUUGUUGUGCGUUGUAGAAGAAAACGGUCAGUACAAGUAUGCACUGACGCCAGCGUCGAAGCUCCUAGUGCAAGGCCAAGAAAAGAGCCUUGCACCGUUCGUGAUGUUCAUGAUCCGCCCUGAGUCAAUGCAGCUCAUGCAGCAUAUAAGUGAGAGCUUGAAGGGCCCCAUGUCGCUGCUUCAACGGUUUCUGGGGAUCGAGCACGAGAAGGACAAGUGGAAUUGGGUGGGUGAGAAUGUGGAUAGUAACGCCGAGUUUGUGAAAGUCAUGAUGGGGCACACGAGCCUGGUGAUCGAGGAGGUGGUAAGGAGGAUGGAGAAGUCGCGCGUGCUCGAUGGGGUGGGGACGCUCGUCGAUGUAGGGGGGAACACGGGCCAGGUAGCAGGGGCCAUUGCCAAGGCCUUCCCACAUGUGAAGUGUAGAGUUUUGGAGCUCGCCCAUGUUGUGGAUUCCAUCAGUGAGCCACCAACAAUGGUUAGCAUCGUGAAAGGGGACAUGUUCGACUCUAUACCUCAAGCCGAUGUUGUGUUUAUGAAGUCUAUCUUGCAUGACUGGAAUGAUGAGGAUUGUAUCAAGAUUCUAAGGAAAUGCAAAGAAGCGAUCCCUAGCAAGGGAGGAAAAGUGAUCUUGGUGGACAUUGUUUUGGACACAGACGCGACGGAUGGACUUGUUGGUGCUAGGCUUUGCAUGGAGAUGAUGAUGCUGCUCAUUGGAGGGAAGGAAAGAACUAAGGAGGAAUGGAAUAAACUCAUCGAAAGCACUGGUUUUAGUAGUUAUAAGAUAACAUACAUGGAGGCCAUGGAAUCCAUCAUUGAGAUUUAUCCUUGAACUUUUCCUCCGUGGUGAUCAAUCUUCCGUUUAAAUACAGAGGUUUUUUCCAUUGUAAUAAGAAAGGUACGAAAAAAUCAUUUUACGUUUUUUUUUUUUUUUUUAUAUUGACAUGGGAUUCUACUUAUUGGAGUUGCAAACCAAAACCCAUUUUCCAGCAACAGCUGGUGACUAUUGAUCUUCUAAUGCACAGCAACAGUUCCCAUAGAGGUGUUUUGGAAGAUGAAAAACCUUGUGCAAUUUUUAGAAAUAUUUAAUGUUGGAAGCUCCUAGUAGGGGUAUUUUUGUCUUUUCACCUUUCACUCAAAUGCCUAUAAAAGGGCACCUUGUGUAUCCGGUUGAUGCGAGAAGCAAGAAUGAAGCAAGCAGCAGUAAAACAAUCCAAAAAAAUAAAGAAAAUAAGUUCUGUUUUGUUCUCUC